AUGAAUUACGAGACGUACGUGCACGAGCUCAUCACCUUGGAUCUGACCCAUGUGCAGUACUCGCCUACAGACCCAUGGGGUGCGUACUGGGCACUGAUCACGCUCUCUCCCGUGCUGAUUUUGACCGUGUACAUCGCUGUGUUCAUGCAUCGUCGUGAGCUGACGUACCUAAACGCUCUGCUAGGCCAGAUCUUCAGCGGGUUCUUCUGUGCAUUCUGGUGCUUGCAUAUUCUUCUUCACUGGCCAAGGAAGUCAAAUACACUAGCACGAUCGUACCAAACUCGCUGCAUCGAGCAGUGCAUCAGUCUCUCGCUCGUCGUCCUCACGACAGGGCUCACAUGCUACUCACGACACUACCUGGCGUACCACACUCCUGCGCAAAUUGUCGUGGGGUGCACGCUGGGCCUCGUGGUUGGGACACUGUACUAUAUGCUUACCGAGUUUUCCACACGCUUCAGCGCACGCGGCCAGGCCUUGCGUGCCUGGCUACAUACAACACGAGGAAGCCGCGCGCUCCGUUUGUACGAUGGAUGGACAGUGUGGACGCAGGGCCCUGUCGAGGUCGUAUACACACACUGGGUCCAUGCCUUGGAGCAGCAUCGGAAACAACGCAGUCCUGCUACUAAGGAGGCAGGGACGCACCCCGCACACUUGCGUAUGAUGCUACGCGCAUUGCAGGAGGCAGAUCACUGCGAAGCAGUUCCCACAGCCUUUUCCGUCGGGUGUGUCAUUGCCGCGAAUGCGCCGCAGCUAGAAGACAUUGAGGUCCCGCUUGAUUCGGAGGUAGAACCACUCGUCUUGACGACUGGCUACUCGCGCGAGCUGCCCGGGAAUACCCAUGCCGAAGAAUGCGCUCUGGACAAGCUACGUCGGCACUGCGCACAGACGCCCCAUACCUCUUCAUCAGCUGAGGCUCGCUCACGCACGCCACUCUCACUGAUUCUAUACACGACAAUGGAGCCAUGCUCGCAGCGCCUUAGCGGGAACCGUCCCUGUGUCCAGCGCAUUCAGGACUUCAAUGCGGACCCGCCUCUAACGAGUGCUGCGUGGCUCGCUCAGCUAGCGCAGGAUACACAUACAGCCACGAGCAGUAUGCAGUAUGAGACUACCACUCGACCACUGCGCAUUGUUCUGGUCGUGCAAGGUGUUCAGGAGCCCGACGACUUUGUCUUGUGCGAAUCCACGCGUAUGCUGCGAGAUGCCAACGUGAUGACAGUGUCUGCCACACCUGCUGGCUCCCCGGCGAUGCUGGGUCUGACGUGCCCUCCGCUUGCUUCCAUAGCCGUGCGAGUCGAUGCACAAGCUCCGACCAAAUGGCUCGAAGAAGCCUGUUUACGUAUGGCUCGGAAAGGUCAAUAA